AUGCCUUCAAAGGGCAUUUAUACCUUAGUCCUUAUUGAGUAUAGAAAACAUUACCCAGUGUUCACGCUUCCCUAUCACAAACAAAGCUCUGAUAAACUUCUGAACUACAUACAUAUUACAGAAGAAAUGAAGACACACACGGAGACUUCAAUGGAGAAGGAUCAAAAGAAAGCCAACAACCUCAAACAGAUUAGCAACAAAAAGGGUGGCCUCAUAACCAUGCCCUUUAUCAUAGCAAAUGAGACUUUUGAGAAAGUAGCAAAUAUAGGUCUGCAAGUAAACACGGUCGUUUACCUCAUGUCAGAAUAUCAUUAUGAACCCGCAAAUGCAGCCAUCAUAAUGAACAUGUGGAGUGCAGUCUCUUUUUUCAUGACCAUCUUUGGUGCUUUCCUCUCUGAUUCUUACCUCGGACGAUUUCAUGUUAUUGCAUGCUCCACCAUCUUUGAGCUACUUGGACAAAUUUUGCUAUGGCUCACUGCUAUUAUUCAACAUGCAAGGCCACCACGCUGCAAUUUGUACGUAGGAACUUGUGAAACUCCAAGUGUUGGACAACUAUUGUUUCUUGUUUCCACAUUUCUUCUCAUGGCCAUUGGAGCAGGUGGCAUCAGGCCUUGUUCUUUAGCCUUUGCUGCAGAUCAAAUUGACAACCCACAAAAGCCAAGAAAUAAGAGGAUAAUGAAGAGCUUCUUCAAUUGGUACUAUGUUUCAGUUGUAGUUUCAAUUGCCCUUUCAGUAACAAUCAUAGUUUACAUUCAAAUCAAAACUGGGUGGAUUGAGGGCUUUGGGAUUACUGUGGGUCUCAUGUUAUUCUCCACUGUCUUGGGACACCUAACUCUCCCUCCCAAGGGUUCUGGAAAUUGGUAUUUCAAGGAUGGUGCUAAACUUGUUGAACCUACGGACAAGCUGAGGUUCUUGAACAAGCCGUGCAUGAUCAGGAACAAAGCCAGCGACUUGGCCUCUAAUGGUAUGCCAGCGGACCCUUGGAGUUUAUGUACAGUGAGGCAAGUAGAAGAGCUAAAAGCACUGAUCAAAGUGUUGCCUAUUUGGUCCACCGAGCUUCUUGGCUUCAACUGGUCUGAACCAACUCACAUUUUUUGUGGUUCAAGCUGGCACAAUGGACAGACAUCUUAUCUUCAACUUUGA